GUUUUCAAAGGGAAAGAGUCUCCUCUGACUCUGGACUGGGACAGAGUGAGGGUCUUCGACAGGGAGGUGGGACAGAUGUUUGUCAACAUGACUAAGACCUCCAGGGAGGCCAAGGUGGAGUCGGUGAGUAAGAAGGAGAAGGCCAAGCAGAGACCUCUGGCCUUGAACACCGUGGAGAUGCUCCGAGUGGCCAGCUCCUCUCUAGGUAUGGGUCCACAGCACACCAUGCAGAUAGCAGAGCGUCUGUACACCCAGGGUUAUAUCAGCUACCCCCGUACUGAGACCAACCACUACCACGACAACUUUGACCUGAAGGGGACACUCAGACAGCAGGCUAACAACCCCUUCUGGGCUCAGGAGGUGAAGGCUCUUCUGUCAGAGGGACUGAACCGUCCCAGGAAAGGAGCUGACGCUGGAGAUCACCCUCCCAUCACCCCCAUGAGGGCUGCGUCCGAAGGAGAGCUAGGAAGUGACGGGUGGCGUCUGUAUGAGUACAUCGUGCGUCACUUCAUCGCCACGGUGAGUCAGGACUGUAAGUACCUGCAGACAACCAUCUCCUUCACCAUCGCCUCCGAGGGUUUCUCCUGCAGUGGGAAGACACUCAUAUCACCUGGCUUUACGGAGGUGAUGCCGUGGCUGGCUAUCCCUCUGGAGGAGGCCAUGCCAGUGUGUGAGAGGGGAGAUGUCUUCACAGUGGAGGAGAUUAAACUAGUGGAGAGACAGACCAGCCCUCCAGACUACCUUACUGAGGCCGACCUCAUCACACUGAUGGAGAAACACGGCAUAGGUACUGACGCCAGCAUCCCGGUUCAUAUCAACAACAUCUCUCAGAGGAAUUAUGUGACGGUGGAGAACGGACGCAAGCUCAAACCCACCAACCUGGGCAUCGUCCUGGUGCACGGAUAUUACAAGACAGAUGCUGAGCUGGUGCUGCCUACCAUCCGUGGUGCAGUGGAGAAACAGCUGAACCUGAUUGCUCAGGGCAAGGCCAACUACCAACAGGUUCUGCAACACACGUUGGACAUCUUCAAGAGGAAGUUCCACUACUUCUUUGACACCAUCGCUAGUAUGGACGAGCUCAUGGAGGUGACGUUCUCUCCCAUCGCUGCCACCGGCAAGCCCCUGUCUCGCUGCGGCAAGUGCCAUCGCUUCAUGAAGUACAUUCAGGCCAAGCCCAGCCGGCUGCACUGUGCUGGGUGUGAUGAGACGUACAGCCUGCCUCAGAACGGCGCCAUCAAGCUGUACAAGGAGCUGCGCUGCCCGCUGGAUGAGUUUGAGCUGGUGCUGUGGACCUCUGGAUCCAGGGGAAAGAGCUACCCCCUUUGUCCCUACUGCUUCAGCAACCCCCCCUUCAGGGACAUGAAAAAAGGUAUGGGAUGUAAUGAGUGCACCCACCCGUCCUGCCAGCACAGUCUCAACUCCCUGGGUAUUGGUCAGUGUGUGGAGUGUGAGGGUGGGGUGCUGGUUUUGGACCCUACCUCUGGCCCCAAGUGGAAGAUGGCCUGCAACAGGUGCAACGUGAUGGUGCACUUCUUUGAACACGCGCACAGGGUGCAGGUAGCCCAGGARAGCUGUGAGGCAUGUGAAGCGUCCCUGGUAGCGGUGGACUUCAACAAGACGCGCUCCCCGCUCCCUGACGGAGAGACGCAGCACAGCGGCUGUGUGUUCUGCGACCCAGUCUUCCAGGACCUGGUUGAACUCAAACACGCCACCAUGAGACACCCCUCCAUGACCCGCGGCGGGGGUGCACGGCGAGGGGGGCGGGGCAGGGGCAGAGGGCGCAGGGAAAAGAAACCUAAAGACAAGAUGGCUGCCUUGGCAGCUUACUUUGUGUAGCAGUAGAUCAGGGUCCUUAUGUGAAGCUGAGUUAAUAUGUAAUGUUAUGGCAUCUAUAAUAAAUGAUGCCAUCAUGUGGAAGUAAAUGCCUUUUUUUUUGUGUAAACA